AUGCCUCACGAAUUGUAAGUCAGUCUUGCUGCAACCUUCAAUUGUCAGUAUAUCUGAGUUGUUGUAAUAGCUGUAAUUUUGCUUGAUUUAUAUAGUUGACUAUUUACAAAAUAAAGUAUUAGUGCAGAAAGAGAAAACAGAUUUGGGUAUUUCAAUGUGAUUUGCUUCAAACAAAGUAGCGUCUCCCCGGUUGGCGUAGAUGCGAAACAGUCAAAAUUCUACAGACCGAAGGAAUCACAAGCCAUUCGACUGAGGAAGAGAUUAUUUAUAUUUAAAGUUUAUAAUAAUACGAGUCAUUCAACGAUUGUUUCAAGGACAACCGAUAGCCAAAACGAGCGACAGACCGUCCUUGAAGAUAAUUCGUUCAUCACAAAUAUCACUGAAAGGUAAAUCAAAGCUUUUAUUAUUACUGAGCAUUUUGUUCGUCGAAUUAACGUUAGUUUGAGCAAAAACGCGGGCGUUCGGGGCGCCAUUGCUAAAGAACAUUUUUAUACGGACACGACACUGCUAAACCGGAUAUAGACUAUCAUAAAAAAAAAUAAAAAAUAAAUAACCAUCGCUCAGGAUGCCACCUAAAAUAAACUUCAAAACGCUCUUAGGGAAGCGAGACAAUGCUAUACAUGCUUUAAAAGAAUUGUUUGAAGAGUUUGAGACGGUGUUUGAAAUUCAGCCACAAUUAAAAAGGCUAGAACAAAUAUUUACAAUACUCGAAACCAAAUACAGAAGUAUCAAGGAGCAGCAAGAAUUCAUCGCAGACAAAUAUGUAGAGGGGGGUGUAGAAGAAACGUUGAAGGAAGCUCACAAAAAAAUAGGUGACGCUGUAAAGGAAGAAUAUUUGAAGAUAUCUAAAAAGUUUGCUGCCUACCAAAAAGAAGUAAGCUCCAAGAAACCUCAAGAAGAGACAGAAACCUUAAAGGCAAUGACAUCCGCAGUUUUAAAAUGA